AUGAAGAGUAAAAACAUUGAGGUUAAAAGGGAAGAUUUGAUUGAUUAAAUUACAUUGUGUGGGCUUAAGUUAGAAAAAAUAAUAGCUUUUUUGGCUAAAAAAAAAGAUUCUUUAAGGGUUGAGAGUAUUAAUACUGAUGCUGAGAACUUUUAGCCUCCUGAUUAUGUAGGAAUAAAUCCUAUUGAUUAUACUAGACCUAAAGAAAUCGAAGAUAUGUAAAACUUUUAGGAAAGUGUCUUUUUUGAUUAUGUGGAAAAUGAUCCAAAUGAUGUAAAAGAAGAGGAAUUUAUUAAAACUAAAAGAGAUAAAAUUAAAAUUGGUAUAGUUGAUAAUAAUGAGUGA